CAGCGUCGGGCGAGGCCAGGCCGUCAAUGUGGGCUUUUGGUUUUUAAGGCAUUUUGGUGUCAGGGACAAUAAUCUGUGCAGUUAAUCUGACGAUGGAAAGAAAAGAUCUGCCUUACUUAAGCAGCAAAAAGUCAUGCACAAGUGAGCUGGGGCAUCGCAAUCUGCAAUACAGGAGUAUCCCUGCUCACUUCCCAUUUUAAAGAAAGCUUUUCCCCCAUGCUUUUGCAGAGGUUCCUUAAUCCUAUAUGUAAAUUACAGCCAAUAGAUGCUGUUGUUGAGUUGGGCUGGGAUUAGCGGAGGCGAAUGGGUUUCAAUUUUACUGGAUUACAGAACAAAGAAAGGGGAAAGGGGACACUGAGCUCCGCUAAAGAAAACAGAAAGAAACGGCCAAAAACUGCAAUAAUCUACCGUGCAACAUUUUAAAGAAGCCGUCAGUAUCAUUAUGAUGUUGCGGAUUAUAAGGUUUCGGGAUCUUAUUAACGCCAGAUCAUAAAUGGGAGAAAAAUCCUGCUUGCACUUUUCAAUCGGAUUAAAUAGAGAAUAAAGCUGCGCGUAUUCCGGGAUUGAGAUCGUAAGGAAAUUAAAGCGAUUGUUUUGGUGGCCAUGGCACACGCGCGGAAGCCGCCGUGUGAUGGGAUGCAAGCUGACCCCCGUGCUGAGCUGCGGCUUCCCCAGGUGUCUGCCAGACAGGAGAUCCUCACCAGCCUGGUGUCUGCCCUGGACUCCGUGUGCACGGCCAUGUCCAAGCUAAAUGCGGAGGUAGCAUGUGUCACGGUGCAUGAGGACAGCGUGAUCGCCGUGGGAACGGAGAAGGGCAGGGUCUUCCUCAACUCCCGGAAGGAGAUCCAGACCGACUUCCACAAGUUCUGCAGAGUGCCCUGUCUGCAGACUGUACCCUCCGUAAACACCCACACCAAAGUCUCGGAAAGUGACACCAGUAAAGUCAGUAAGGAGGCAGCACACGUUGCACUGAGGGGCCCUGCGGACGCCCACUCCAACACCUCCAUCCUCAGGAAGAUGGUGGAGGAAGUCUUCAGCGUGCUUUACAGUGAGGCUGCUGGGAAGAGCAGCCUGGUCCCUGUGCCUUAUGAGUGGAUCCUGAAGGACCCCAGUUCCGUGUCUGUCCAUGGCCUACCCGAUGGGAUCUCCCUGCGAAAGCCCACUGAAUAUGACACCAAGACCUUAAUGAAGAUCUUGGAGCAGAGCAAUCGCAUCCGCUUCAUGGUCAAAAGAACGACGGAGGAGCCAUCCCGGGAUGUCCAGCCCUGCCCAGAAGUCAACCACAUUUCCUCUGUCGCCAAAAACCUCGCCAACCACAUCCCCGUUAAGGCUGGUAGCCAGGAGGCUACCGCUGCUACCAGUGGCUCCAGACUCUUCGGCUUCCUUUACGGGAUGCCCAUGUCCUCACAAGGGCACACUGACAGCAAGAUGGAGCCCAAGCCCACCUCCCUCUACAAUGUCGGCAAAGAGCGGCAAGGCGCGUGGUCGUCGGGGUCUGAGAAGGCGACGCCCGCUAAGGACUGUGCCGACGUCGCUGAGAGUCCACCAUUUGAGAGGAAGACCCCAUCUCCAGUUGGACAUCCAUUCCAAGAGGGCGAUCGGCUGGGGGUCCCAGGUGAUGUGGCCCAGAGCCCCACAGGUCUGCACUUUUCCAAGAGGCUUCUGUUUUCCAUAGUGCAUGAGAAAUCAGAGAAAUGGGACACAUUCAUUCGGGAGACGGAAGACAUCAACACGUUGCGGGAAUGCGUGCAGAUCCUGUUUAACAGCCGCUAUGCUGAAGCUUUGGGUCUAGACCAUAUGGUUCCUGUCCCAUACCGGAAGAUUGCGUGUGACCCGGAGGCAGUGGAGAUCAUUGGGAUUCCAGAUAAGAUCCCCUUUAAGAGGCCAUGCACAUACGGAGUGCCCAAACUGAAACGUAUCCUGGAGGAGAGGCAUAGAGUGUGCUUCGUGGUCAGGCGGAUGUUUGAUGAGAGGAUUUUCACAGCUGCUGGAAAGAUGUGCAAGGAGGAGCUGCCCUCCCUGACAGAGGAUGCUUUUCAGGAUGUCCCUCGGGUCCAGCUGCCGGUUUUGGAAGGGUCUGCCAAUGCUCAGAGCAGCAGAUCAACCAGCUCUUGUGUAAGUCCGCUAGCAGACUGUGAACCAGGGCCUUCUGCUGAUUGCGUUCCCGUGAAAAAGAUUAAAACUGAGCCGCCAGAUGGAGAAAUCAUCCAGGUGACGAUCCCGGACACCAGCGUCUCUGUGGAGGAGCCCGGCGAGCCUCUGGUCGACUCCGCGGGCCCUGACAUGCACCCCCUAGAGGUCGUUGCAGCUGCGUCAGCAUCACCUAAACUGGCACCCAGUUUGCCUCAAAGACCUGCUGAAGAGGACCUUGGCGAGAUGAUUUUGCACCUUCGCAAGCAGGUGGAGGGUCUGUUCAACGCAAAGUAUGCUGAAGCUUUGGGCCUCCCAGAACCCACGAGAGUGCCCUAUUCCAAGUUCCAGAUGUACCCGGACGAUCUGUACGUGACUGGUCUUCCAGAGGGCAUGUCAUUCCGGCGCCCCAACUGUUUCGGUGUGAACAAACUGAGGAAAAUUUUGGAGUUGGGCAGCCAGAUCCGCUUUGUCAUCAAGAGACUGGACCUGUUAACCGAUCCAAUCAAGCAUGAUGCCCCUCUCAAUGCAACUGUUAACCCAGACGUGGACUCUAAGGAUAACGUUCUAGAAGAUACUGGAACGGCACUGAAAAGACCAGGAUACUCUGACAACCUGGAGGCCAAGUUGUCCAGAAUCGAUCUGGCCAACACUCUGAGGGAACAGGUCCAGGAUCUGUUCAACAGGAAGUACGGUGAGGCCCUGGGCAUCAAGUAUCCGGUGCAGGUACCCUACAAGCGCAUCAAGAGCAACCCUGGCUCCGUCAUCAUUGAGGGGCUUCCCCCAGGGAUCCCCUUCCGAAAGCCGUGCACCUUUGGUUCCCAGAACCUGGAGAGGAUCCUAGCAGUGGCCGACAAGAUCUCCUUCACAAUCACCAGACCAUUUCAAGGACUCAUCCCCAAACCAGCUCCACGGCGGAUCACCCUGUUAAAGAAGGCCUACGCGUCGAUAAAGGAUGAGGAGGAUGUGAACCGCAUGGGGGAGAAGGUCAUCCUCCGGGAGCAAGUGAAGGAGCUCUUCAACAAGAAAUAUGGAGAAGCUCUCGGCUUGGAUCGCUCUGUCCUGGUACCGUACAAACUGAUCCGCGCUAGUCCGGACUCUGUGGAAGUUUCUGGUCUUCCGGAAGAUAUUCCCUUCCGCAACCCAAACACUUACGACAUUGUGCGCUUGGAGAAGAUCCUCCUGGCACGAGAUGACAUCACCAUCAACAUAAAGAGCCAGUUACAGCCUUUUGCAGAAAUUUGCACCCAGACAUGUAACACAGGUAAGGGUGGGUCCAGCAGCAGCCGCCGCAAACGCAAACGGGUGCCGGAUGGCACUCAGGCAGCCACGCCCUUGGGGACAGAGUCUGGAGUAUCGACCAGUCAGAUUCCUGUGAUGCAAUGGCCCAUGUACAUGGUGGACUACAGCGGCAUGAAUGCGCAGGUGCCCGGCAAGGUGCAGUACUAGCGGCCGGGAUGUGCAUCUGCUUAGGAUGGACAGAUGACUAGGAGGAGGAUGUCAGUCCAGUAUUUAUAGCCACAUCUUCCAGUCCUGGUCCCCGUGUAGUGAUGUUCAUGUAGCAAACCCCCUCAUCCCAAUGGCCAAAAGGAAGGGGUGGGGGGGGGGGGGGGGCAAGCAGCUAAGAUCUUCUGAGAUGAUGUGAUGGAGCCCUUUACACUCUGGGGGUGCUGGAUACAUGCUUGUGCCCUGUUGUUAAACAGCAAAUUGAAACUCUGUGCUUAAGAUGUACUUAUUGGCGGAAGCUCCCUUGCCAGCCGCUUGCCUCUGCAUCUCCACGGAAACCUCUGGAUGCCUGGUAUGUCAUACAGUUUGUUGAAAAUGUUCCUCUUCUGGCUGUUGGUUUCCUGUUCCACCACUUCUCUGUCUGCUGUCCUUCCCCCAUGAGGACUCCGUCUCUCUCUGCUGCAGAGCAAAGCUCAGGCCUUGUAGGUCAAUUACUUUACAGACACUAAAGCCUUCCUCCACACAGUUUAUUAUUAUAAUAUCCAUCCAUCCAUCCAUUUUCCAAACCGCUUAUCCUACUGGGUCGCGGGGGGUCCGGAGCCUAUCCCGGAUGCAAUGGGCACGAGGCAGGAAAUAACCCAGGACGGGGGGCCAGCCCAUCGCAGAUUAUUAUAAUAAUAAUUAUUAUUAUUAUUAUUGUUGUUAUUACCUAUCCAUUUUCCGUCACUGUUUAUCCAGUAUGGGUAGCCUGGAGUCUAUCCCAGGAAUCAACAAGCAUGAAGCAGGGGACACCCUGGACGGGAUGCCAGUCCAUCACAGGGCACGUAUACACAUCCAUGCACUAUGGGCAUUUGAGAGACUCCAGUUAAUCCAACUGUGUGAUUUUGGAUUCUGGGGGAAACCCGUGCCGAUGGAGGAAACCACGCAAACUUCACACCAGAGUCGUGUUGCCAGCAUCAUGAUCAUUAUUAUAAUUAUUGCUUAGGCCACACUUACUAAUUCGGCAGUUUGUAUGUCUGGAUGUUUUAUCGCAGCAAUUCAGGUGGAGUAACUCGACUCCCAGGACACAGCAGCAGAGCUGAGGUCUGAAUGCUCCUCAUGCUGGAUAAUAUAAGCAAGUCAUUUUGUAGGGGGAAGAAAACCUGAUAUAAUGGCAUAAAGGUGUCUGUCUGAUUAUUUAUUUAUUUAUUUGAAAAAAUAGGUUGUUUAUUUGCAAGGACGUAGAACAGAAUGUUCACUAUAUCCAUUCAGAUCCCAGUGAAACGUCUGGGCAGUGUGUGUCUAACAGAUCCUCGUCUUCAGUGCUGGCGCCUUGUGGCCAGCUGUGACCAGCGUCUGGACGUGGGCAUUUCCUCUGAAUAGACACGUUUCAUGUGUGGCGGCUCCACAUCUCAGAUAAAUGAUCGUAUAUUUUUAUUAUUCCCUCAUUUUCUUUCACCCCGUUUUUGUAGCAUAUCGAGAUUAAGUAAAUGGUUACAUUAAAGAUAUAAUAUGAAUGUAACUCGAAGUUGAACGGUAUGUGUUAUCCUGUAACGACUGUCUCUGGAUUCACCGGAAUUUCUAUGCUGUACCUUAAUGCCAUUUAGGCCUUUCAAAUAAAAGGUGUUGCCUUGCA